ACCGUCGAAACAGUACAUGAAGCAGUACAAACGUUCUUUCGUCCAUUUCCGAAGCGAAAGACGGAAGCGCGGCGAAAAGUGAAUCGGAGUGACGGGAACUCUGUAUUGCCCGCCUAGUCAGCAAUGACAUCAGUGCAGUGGAGUCAAUUGUCAAAUCUGCUCUUGCAGGCCAAGCUUCAAGCCAGAAAAACAUGACAAGUGUAACCUUUGCUGGCCUGUUUGGGGCCGUGCAGUCUCUGAAUGAGACUGUGUUCAUGGCUUCAAUCAGCCAAUGGCUCUCAUGGGGUGCAUCGGCAGCCAUAAUUUUUGGUGGAGUUGUUCCUUACAUUCCACAAUACCGAGAGAUCAAGAAGACCAGAAAUGCAGAUGGCUUUUCAACGUGGGUCUGUUUGGCGUUGCUGGUGGCCAACACGUUAAGGAUACUCUUUUGGUUUGGACGUCCUUUCGAGCUUCCACUGUUGGUCCAGAGUGUUGUUAUGUCAGCAUGUAUGUUCCUCAUGCUCCAACUUUGUGUGAAGACACACAACCUUAGCACCAUUGUGCCUCAACCAAAGCAGAGAUUUACAGAAAACCCAAGUGAAAACCCUGCCUGCCUCCAGGCGGCGGAUGUGGCCAAUCCAGACCUCACCCUUUGGGGAAUGGCUGUCAUCACCUUUGACUUUACCCCUGGAUCAGAAAAGGGAGUCUCCCUGGCGGCACUUUUGGGCCUGGACAGACUUCCUGAGCUAUGUGGAAUUCAUGGCCAGUUUUGCACUCUGCUCAGGAGCCCUCUUGUACCUGCUGCUUGAUGUAGAGCUCGUGGUAGAGGCUGUAGGCUUUGCAGCUUUGCUCACUGAAGCUCUGCUUGGGUUGCCUCAGUUCUGGCGUAAUUUGCGUAACCAG